AUGAGGCAUGCUCGAGUAAACGACGCCAGCGUGGUGGAGAGGUAUGGGUGCCGUUGGGGUGGAUUUGGGGUGGAUGAAAAGAGCCAGACAUCGCGCAAACUAAGUCUUCUCGUUGUUAGGCAGCUUGUCAGCUUGGCAGCUUGUGACUUGGCAACAAGCUACGAGGACCGGCCUGGUCUCAAAGUUAUGCUUGUGGAUCCUGAGGGGCCUUGGGGUGCUUUUUACCCACCAUCUCCGUCUUCGUACAUGCUAACGACCCCCUUCUCGCUGGACAAGAAGGCACUAAACGGCACAAUUACAAACCGUCAAAUCAGGCUACGAAAAGACGACAGCCUGCCAGCGCAUGAGUUCCUGAAGGACAACUACAAUGAAGACAACACGCACUUGAACUCGGAUCACGAUGUCACGGAGAAUCUUUUGGGCUUGAUGCUCUUGCUUGUCGAUGUUGCGCCUUCGCUUGGUAAGCCAGUUGCCAAGGUCAUCCCGCAUCUCAGCGCCUAUGGAAAUGAGCUGCCGAUCAAGCAUCCAUAUUCGCUGUGA